GGACCCGUCGUAGCAUCUGCUUCCGGUUCUCAGGCUGAUUUGGCGGUGAGCGGAACCUACGCUGGCUGAGGCCUGUUGGCAGCUCCAGGACCAGAUAAGCAACAAAAGCAGCCACAGCUGACCUCAGGACCAGCUGCAUUGGAUAAUGACCCCGCCCCACCUCUGGUGCCGGCCAGUCAAUCAGUAGAGACCUAGACCUUGAAAGGACACACCUGGAAAACUGCUGAACAGUCUAUUGAGAUCUUCCCCUUGGACCUCCCCUAAUAUCUCCACCCUUACAACCCUUAGGGUUGUGAAAAAGGACAUCAUCUCUAUAGAGGACCUAGCAGGUUGCUUGGCAUCCAGAUAUCCAGCAAAGUUCAUUGUUUUCUUCCAUCUGUUUUCUUCUUUCCACCAAUCUAUCACCUAGAAGUGAGCUGAUACCAUAGAGCCUUGCCAGAGAUGGACAGCCGAAUUCCUUAUGAUGACUACCCAGUGGUUUUCCUGCCUGCCUAUGAGAAUCCCCCAGCAUGGAUUCCUCCUCAUGAGAGAGUAUACCACCCAGACUACAACAAUGAGUUGACCCAGUUUCUGCCCCGAAUCAUCACACUAAAGAAGCCUCCUGGAGCUCAGUUGGGAUUUAACAUCCGAGGAGGAAAGGCCUCCCAGCUAGGCAUCUUCAUCUCCAAGGUGAUCCCAGACUCUGAUGCACAUCGAGCAGGACUUCAGGAAGGGGACCAAGUCCUAGCUGUAAAUGAUGUGGAUUUCCAAGAUAUUGAGCAUAGCAAGGCUGUUGAGAUCCUGAAGACAGCUCGUGAAAUCAGCAUGCGUGUCCGUUUCUUUCCCUACAAUUAUCAUCGCCAAAAAGAGAGGACUGUGCACUAGAGAGCUGCAACCCACAGCCCUUCAGAUGAAAUCUUCUAGGACAAGCUGGGAAGGCCUCAGGGAAGCCACAUACACUCUCAUAUAGUCUCAGACAUUUCUGAGACUCCUGUAGGACCCUGUUUUCCCUCCUCUCCCUCCUAUUCUCUCCUCCAGAAAGUAAAAUGCCAUGCUGAAGAAA